AUGGUUUAAGAGCUACAUGCAAGCUACCAACUGCACUCACACUGACAAACGCUCCUCUCCAGUCUUUGGGUUGUAAGUGAACUUGCUGUUGAAUUUAACCACCGGGUUACAUUUAUGAUUCUUUCUUUUAAAUUAACGCAGCCGUUUUUACAAGACUGAUAUAAAUACUGUUAUAAAAUCAACCCUCUGAUUACAACAGCCAUGUUGUUGGUGGAAGUUGGAUGUGUGUUUCUGGGUUUCAUCCUUUGCAUCUCAGGGGUUAAUGGAAAAGGAAACAUCAUUUGUGCCUUAAAAGGUUCAUCAGUGAAUCUGUCCUGCUCAGCUGAACAUCCCAAUUCAAGAAACAAAUGGUACACUGUGCACUGGAAUGGAUCCAAAUAUGUCCAGAAUGAGCUCUCUGCUGAUGGACGUCAUGUAAUGUACAAUGUAUCUGAAAAAAGUCAACUCACUCUAACAAUCAAUGAUCUAAGAGAGAAUGAUACAGAUAAUUACUGCUGCAGAGAGAAUACAGAUGACCCAACAUACUGUUGGCUUAAUGGCAUCAUACUCCAUGUUGCAGACCUGCAGGUAAAGGUGAUUCCCACCACAGAGGAACAGACAGUAUCACUGAUGUGUAGCACCAGCUGUCCUCUGACUGAAAACCCUGCAGCCUACAUCUGGUACAAGAACAGAGAGUUUCUCUAUCAGGACUGGUCUCCCUGGUACCAACAGCUGGUCAGCAGUGAGGAAGCAGUCACAUACUCCUGUGCUAUCAAAGGCUACGAGCAUCUCAGAGCCCCUGAAGUCUCAGUGGAUUCUGUCACAUCUACCUGCUUUACUGUGACCUAUGCUGAAGGGAGAAUGUGUUCUAAUAACCACACAUCAGUGGAUAAGCCCUGCUCCAUCACAUAUCCCAGAGAAGUAAACAUUCAAAAGACUUCUUCAUCACUGACCUGUAUCACCAGCUGUCCUCUGACUGACAAUCAGACUGCCUAUAGGUGGUACCAGGAUAGAGAACUGUACAGACACAAUGAGAGACAACAGUUUUUACUGUCCACUUCUGCUCAUAGUGUCUCCUGUGCUGUAAAAGGUCUUGAGAAUUUGCCAUCUCCUGAAGUCUGUGUUUUGGAUAACAGCUGUUGGAGAGUGAAUUAUGUCAGAAGGAGAAUCUGUGCUCUACAAGGCUCUUCAGUGAACAUCUCAAGUGAAUACUCCUAUCCUGACCACCUGCAGCCCCGGUCCAAAUUUUGGUAUAAAAUAAAGAGAGGUGACAAGGAAGCUGGUGAAAAGAUGUCCGAGACUGUGGGUCGUGUGGAGUACCAUGACAACAAAAAUAAUCAUCACAUCCUGACAAUCAUUAACCUAAAGAAGAACGACUCUGCUGAAUACAUAUUCAGACUCCAAACAGAUGAUGGACAGAAACAGUCUGAUAAUCCUGGAGUGACUUUGGUUGUCACAGGUCUGAGAGUGAAGUUUACUCCUCCCACAGUGGUGACAGAGGGUCAGAGAGUCACACUGACCUGCAUCACCAGCUGUCCUCUUUCUGUUAACACAACCUACAACUGGUACCUAAACAGUCGACCUCUGACCCUGCUAAAGAGUCAAACCAAACACCUGGUUCUGGACCCAGUCAGCAGUCAGCAUGCAGGAGACUACUCCUGUGCUGUUAAAACCCACAGCAUCAGCUCAUCUGGAAGGACUCUCACAGUCCAAAGUAUCAGAGGGGAAUACAAAUCUGCAGCAGCUGCAGGAGUCUGUGCUGUUCUCCUGGUCAUCAUACCUCUAGUUGUCUUCUUUUGGAUGAGAAGAAAGAGGACUUCAGGUCAGUCUCCUACAACUGAAGCAACAGAGAACACUGAGCAGCUACACUCUGGUCCCAUGUAUGAAAACAUCUCAGCUCAACCAACACAGCAGGAUGACCAUCACUAUAGCAGACUUCUCUUCUCUAACCACACAGAGGCGCUCUACUCAACCAUCAACCCAGGGAACUCUAACUAAACAGACAUCAGUGGCCACAGUAUUUUCCAAAGCACCUUCCUCUGACAGUUUCAGUGACUUCAACAUCAUAGAAGUGUCUGCCUCAAAGCUGUCUGUUACUUUGGAAACUGAUUUCAGACUAAAGACCAGUUAGUUGAGGAUGACUAGUCCAGUUAGAAAAAACCUGAUGUUUGGUUCAGUGAUUAGGGUUAGUCUUCAGGCCAUGAUUGUAGGUCUAUGUAACGUCUCCAGAGAUUACAAAAAUCAACUGUGUGUGUGAGUGUGCAUGCAUGUUGUGAUGAUAUGGCUUGAAAGGCAAUACAGCUUUUUCUUUUUGGCUCUUUGACUGAUUGGAUGCACCUGAUCUAUAACACAGACAAUUUUGCCAGAGAAGCGCAUUGCAGCACCUGGUGGCUGUUUCCAGUGAGCCUAAUGUUGUGUUAUUUUAUAAAUGAUUUGCAGCUGUGAGUGUAAAAAUGUAAAGUUGUUACUGACAAAAAUAUAUGGUGCUCUGCAUGUGGUGUUGUGAAUAAAAUGAUCACAGAUAUAAUGA